AUGUCUGAUGACUCGGACUCCCCAGAAGUCGAGCACUCAGAAUGCGAGUGCUUCGAGGCGCUGCCCAACGACACAGUCGAAGCUAUCGGGUCGACGGAGAGUGCCAUUUGGAAGAUUAUCAGAGAAAACAAAGAAACAACCGACGUGGUGAAAUAUAUACGUUUCACAAAUGUCCCACCAGCUAUUGCGGGCAAGUUUUCUUUGCGCAAUACUCGGCAGAUGUUUAAUCGCAGCACUCGAUAUAUGAUCGUCAAGCUCUUAACUGGGGCCCACGAACAGCUUCACGCAGCCUGGCUGGUGCAGUGCAAAAUGAGAUAUACAAUAUGA